AUGGCACCAACCACAGUGUCCCCUGGCUUCUCCCACUGUCACCCUUGUUCCAGUGUCAAUCCGACUACUGCUAGUCCCACCAAUGGAACCUACGACCCAGGAAGUCCUCAUUGGCACCAACCACUGUGGGUCCCUGACUUCUACACCCACUGUCACCCCUGGUUCCCCAGUGUCAGUCAACUGCUGCUAGUCCACCACGAGAACCCUACGUUCCAGGAAAUCCUCAAUGGACCAACUGUGGUGGAUAUCUACACCACUGUCACCCCUGGUUCUCAGUGUCAUCACUGCGGCUGUCCCACCGACACCUACAGUACCCCAGGAAGUUCCUAUGGCACCACACUGGGUGUCCUGAUAUCUACACCACGUCACCCUGGUUCUCCCAGUGUCAAUCCAACUGCGCUAGUCACACCGACACCUACAGUACCCGGAAGUCCUCAUGGCACCAACCACAGUGGGUCCCAUGGUUCUACACCCACUGUCACCCUUGGUUCCCCCAGUGUCAAUCCGACUGCUAGUCCCACCAGGAACACCUACAGUAAACCCUGGAAGUCCCUCAUUGGCACCAACCACGUGGGUCCCUGA